AUGGCAGAGGGCAGCCCGCUAAGAUGGCUUUUCUUCGGCUGUGGCGCAGUGGGUGGAUAUUUUGGAGCUCGUUUAGCAGAGCAACUGGGUUCAAUCGUUGGCGUCAUGGUUAGGAAAGAAACAUUGCGAGCUGUGGCAUUUGACGGCGUGCGCGUGCAAAGCAUUUGUGGGGACUUGCAGAUCCCUCGAGAAAAGCUGGACCAGGUGGUGAACACCGAAGAGCUGGACAAGGAAGCAAAAUUUGAUGCCGAUGUGAUCGUCCUGGCCUGCAAGGCCUGGGAAGUUGAGCGAUGCUUGCGAAUGUGUGCACCGUGGUGUGGAGAGAAGACCGUAGUUUUGCCUUUGCAGAAUGGUGUGGAUGGCAUGAACACAGCACGCUCAAUCGUGACAUCCUGGGGAAAGGGUCAUCCUUUGGUCGGCUGGUGCAACAUUGUGGCGGCCAUCCAGGAGCCAGGCCUCAUCAAGCAUUGGGCAGCCAACCCGCCGGCAGUCUACUUUGGUGAGUUUGAGGGCCAGGCAACAGCAAGAACGAAACAGCUGGAGACUAUUUUUGCAGCCUGCAAGGGUGUUGCAGUCCACUUGGAACCCGAUGCCUUGUGUGCCUGCUGGGAGAAAUUCUCCUUCAUUUGCUCCACCACUGCUGUUCAAGCCACUGCAGGGCCCACUGCAACACAGAAUCUGAUUCCGCAGGUCCCGGAGCUGGAGCAGAUGUGGCGUUCAGCCAUGCAGGAGAUCAUGGCAGUGGCUCGUGCACAUGGCAUCAACUACAAGGAAGAGUGGAUUGAGAAGCGAAUUCCAGUGUUGGCAGAAGCCGUCGGGGCAACCACCAGCUGCAGUCGAGAUCUUUGGGCUGGAAGGCAUAGCGAGCUGGAAGAUUUGCUGGGUUCGGCACAUCGCAUGGGCCUCGCAAAGGGUGUCCCAACACCAGUGAUCUCCACCUGCUAUAGAACGCUGACAGUGCGAGAUCGUGUGGCACGACGUGAAGUGACAAUGCCAAUUUAUCCAAUGAUGGAGGGUCAGAAGAUCCUGGGAACCAUCUGCAACCACCGUGGACAGCAGCUACCGGCAGAUCGCACACUGGUACAAAAAAAGGCCGAGGAGCAGCUCAGCUGA